ACUAAAUCACCAAACGUGUUCGCAUGCGGUGUGGACAGUUACGGUCCAAGUAAUCUAAUUACUGUACUCGAGUCUCUGCCGGCGACGUGGACUGGUAGUUAUUAUGAGACGGUGACGAUGAUUGGCGGUGAUAAAAACACUCGAGAUGGUCAGUUAGUUCUAUGA